GGGGGCGCCCGAGUCAUCAGCCACUACGCGGGGCAGGACGCCACGGAUGCCUUCAUGGCGUUCCACCUUGACAAGGCUCUGGUGAGAAAGUACAUGAGCUCACUGCUGAUUGGGGAACUGGCACCGGAUCAACCCAGCUCUGAGCCCAGCAAAAAUGAGUUGCUGGUUGAAGACUUCCGGGAGCUGCGCACCACUGUCGAGCGGAUGGGACUUCUCCAGCCCAACCACCUCUUCUUCUUCCUGCUUCUCUUGCACAUCCUGCUGCUGGAUGCUGCCGCCUGGCUCACCAUCUGGUACUUUGGGUCAUCCUUGCUGCCUUUCCUCUUCUCUGCAUUGCUGCUGGGCACCGUCCAGGCCCAGGCUGGGUGGCUCCAGCAUGACUUCGGGCACCUUUCAGUGUUCAGCAAAUCCAAAUGGAACCACUUGGUUCACAAGUUUGUGAUUGGCCAUCUGAAGGGUGCACCAGCAAGCUGGUGGAAUCAUCUGCACUUCCAGCACCAUGCCAAACCCAACUGCUUCCGCAAGGACCCUGAUGUUAACAUGCACCCCUUGUUUUUUGCUUUGGGAAAGACGCUGUCUGUGGAGCUAGGGAUGAAGAAGAAGAAGUUUAUGCCUUACAAUCACCAGCACAAAUAUUUCUUUAUAAUUGGCCCCCCAGCCCUGGUGCCCCUCUAUUUCCAGUGGUACAUAUUCUACUUCGCAGUGCAGCGUAGACAGUGGGUGGACCUGGCCUGGAUGCUGACCUUCUACAUCCGAUUCUUCCUCACCUACAUGCCAUUACUGGGGGUGAAAGGGCUCCUGGGGCUCUUCCUGCUGGNCAGGUUCAUAGAGAGUAACUGGUUCGUGUGGGUGACGCAAAUGAACCACAUCCCCAUGCACAUCGAUUACGAUAAGAACGUGGACUGGUUAUCUACCCAGCUCCAGGCAACGUGUAAUGUUCACCAGUCUCUGUUCAAUGACUGGUUUAGCGGGCACCUGAACUUCCAGAUCGAACAUCACCUUUUCCCCACAAUGCCUCGACACAACUACUGGAAGGUGGCCCCCCUGGUGAAGUCCCUGUGUGCCAAGCACGACAUCGAAUACCAGUCUAAGCCCCUCUUCACUGCCUUUGCAGACAUUGUGCACUCUUUGAAGGAUUCUGGGGAGCUCUGGUUGGAUGCCUAUCUACAUAAAUAAGCAGCAGCAGCUCCACAUAGAGGUAUUCCCCUCCCUUGCUGCCUCCCAGAAGACACAGCACCGAGGGCAGAGAGCUGGCUAAGCCAGAGGUGUGGAGCUGCAGAAGCUUAAUUCCAGUAAUGAGUGUGGGGUUUUUAAGAUGUUUGUUCUUAGUCCUUCUCCUACUCCUCCUCUUUUGGCACUGAACAAUAGAGAGGAUGCGAAGGGAGGAGACCACCUGCCUGGAAAGAGGAGUCUGUGGGCCUGGGAAUUAACACCCUUCUGUCUGGUGACAUUUCAUUUGCUGUGUCUGUAGGAAAGAAACCUUUUAUCUAACAUAGAUAUUUCUGAGAUGCCUGGCACCUUGGUAUCUAACCCCUGCCCUGCUCUGGCCCCAUGUACGCGAAUCAAGGAAUCUGGCACAAUCUGAGGUUGAUGAAAAUAGGAGUUGGGUGUGGGGAAGAGGGAGAAAUGCAAGUGUGGGGAAGAGAACUAUGCGAGGGCUGUGUUGUUAAGCAUCAUUAUGCAUUUAAGAAUGGCAGCCCCAGUGCAAACCUUGGAGAAGCAGGGUAGAGAAGAGAGGUCAAACCACUGGGCAAGGGCUUAGACGGCUUUGUUGGGACAAAUCUGAGAAGAGAGAGACCAAACCACAGCGGAGGCACAGAUGGGAUGCCAGAGCUGUUCCAUAGAUGCGGGGUACUUGGCAUGCUGUGCCAAAUGGGAGUGCUGGUAUAUACAUGCCUUGUGUGGUUUUUUUUGUAAAGGUAGGAGGGUGGGCCCCUGGAUUCCUGAGUAAAUGAUCAUAUUGCAACUUCCACUGGAGAUGGCUUGAAUAGCCUCCACAGCCAUACUCCUAAAAGUGAAAGAGUUGAUGGGCCAGUUACUGAUGCUCUAAAAAGGUAGACAUUAGUGCAAAUGGAGCCUCUAGUCCCCCAGAUGAGCCCUUAGCAGUUUAGGAAGAAAAAGACUGUAUAACUAAUCCAUGGACCCGUGGGAGUGCACACUCGUUAUACCCUGUGACUACUGAGGCGUUUGUGUAUAGGGAGAGAACUCAGGGUUUUCUACAUCUAAAGCACAGGAUGCUCCCAUGUGACCUACAGGCAAAUCUUCCCCUGCUGAGGCAUUAGUGUUCAGGAUACCACUUGAACAUGUCUAAUAUAGCAGCCAGCAGAGGGCAGUGGAGGCAUGCAUUACAUGCACACAAACACAGGCCAAAUAUGUUGUUCCUCUGGUUGUCUCUGGGUAUGUGUGUCUACACUGCAAUAAAAAGCCCACAGCACUCAGUCAGCUGGCUUGGGUGUGGAGGGCUUGGGUUGUGGGGCUAAAAAUAGCCAUGUAGUUGUUUGGGCUCAGGCAAGAUCCCAGGCUCCAAGACCCUCCAGUGCCCUGGCUCUUCGACUGCAGUAUAGACACCCUGAUAAGAAAUGUGCCUCCGAGACAUGCUCUGAAAGGGCAUGGGCUUCACUGUAACACUGUCAAAAUAUGAAUUAGCCUUAACAGUGUUUGCUGACACCACCUACAAGGCCUAACACCCCAACUGCCAAAGUACAAGUAGCACCUCACGUGACCUUUCCAACGGCUGCAGUUUGAUCACUCACUCCCUCCCUGCCCCCAUCACUUCUUUGUGUUUGCGUCACCCCUCUCCAGGGGUCCAACCUCUUUCCUUCUCUCUUUGAGGUUCUUAAAUGGACAAGUGUGACUGAGGACACUCCUCAUCUUUCCUGCCUUGCCCUCCCUCUGGUACCUACUGCAGCCAGCCAACAGAUUUUCCCAGUGAAGGUAACAGGUGAUUCAGUCUACUCCACAGACUUUGGCUGGCACAGCUGUGUCAGGGUGAGAAGGGGUGUGAUCUCUGACCUGCACAACUGGGCCAGCAAAAGUCUCUAGUGCAGACACAGCUACACCAGUGAACUGGGCUUUCCUUGGCUAGCUGGUUUUUCCUGGGAUAGAUGAGAGGGGCUGGAAUAAGCUAUGCCAUUACAAAGCACAGUUUUGUUGGUAUAGCUGUAUCUUCACAUGGCAAGCUUUGCCAGGAGGGUAUACCGCUGUGUGUCAUGCCAGCAAAGAGCUCCUUGUGUAGACAUGGCCCUAGUAUCUAAAGGGGAUUGGGAAAGAAAUCUAACUUUCGCUCUCUGGCCUGGGAAGAAGGCAAUGUCACCUCACCUUCGACAAUGGCUCGGAUGAGAAUUCAUUUUUGUUUAAUGGAAUUAAUUAAAUUGCCAUUAAAUCAUAAAUUUGAAGCAUUGAAUAAAGAGUGUAAAUUAAAUGAAA